UUCACCUCAAGUUUUGCAUCGCUGAGGAGAGCUUUAGAUUCAGCCCAACGUCGCCGGUAUCUCGGAAUUACCUCGAAAUUGUGCGAGAGGAGUGAAAAAAUAUUGUUCCUUUUUUUUUUUGUCUCUUCAGUUUUCGAUUAAUCAUCGACGAAACGGUCGUCGCAGGCGUAUACGGGUGUCCCGUACACCUGGACGUUAUCACGUUUUCCGAAUAAUAUGAGCUUUUAUUUUGAAAUUAUAAAAGCCGAGGGCAAAAACUGCGACGAGGUCGUCGCAAGCACUAGGUAGCAUGAAGGAGCUUUUGGAUUCGUUAACGGAAACGGACCGCGGCCCAUAGGUCCCAGCCCUGUAGGUGCUCGAAAAGUACCCCCAGGGAAACCGGAUCUCACCUUCGCGGGAUUUUGGAAAAAUAAGAGGAAAAAUUCACCCGGAGCAUCGAAGAAUCCGUUCGCCAUUGGAGAGCUCUUUGCGAGGGGCGAGUGAAACGAGGAGAAUAGGAUACGGUAGUAAAAGAGAAAAACAACGGUAAAACAAAAAAGGCGCAAAAAAAAUCGUUACUCACGUCCAAAAGUUAAAAAGAUACAAUCGAAGCUGAAGCAUACAAAUAAGAGAGAGGGACCUUCUUCGGCAAACAUCCUGCCCGCCUCCAGAAGGCCUCCUAAGUAAAAAUAAAAAGACGCCGCAGGGGCCACUAGAAAAAGAAAGAGGAAAUAAAGGAAAAAAUAAAGAAGAAGAAUAAGAACACGAGAAGUAAAAAGCUGCAGCAAUUCAGAAACGACGCGCGCGGGGCGCUCUAUUCCGAGCAUAGAUAAAGGACGAGCAGUGUGGCGUAAAUAUUUCACUUAUAUUUUACACGGAAAAUUCACGAAUCGUCGAAAUCAUUUUCCAAUUUACUCGACAUCUGCUCUCCCUUCCCAAAAAUAUCGUUAAAAUAAUAACGAUAAUAAUAUAGGGAUCAAAAUAUUCCGUACAAAUAUUAAAAAAAAAAAGGAAAAAAAAAAAUUCACUCUCGCAUCUCCAUUCACGGUAUAAAUAUACCGAUCGCCAAUUACCAACGGAUCAAAAACGAAAGAUACCUCUAUCUGUUUUUUAAAUUCAUCGAUUUUCGCCGAAGAAUACUCCCGUUCGGCGAACGUAUAGGUAUAUAUCUAUAUAAUCCGAAUCGCGUGGCGUCACCCUCAUCGGAGCAGCGUCCCUUUAAGGCGGGAAAAAGAGGACCGACCCAGAACGGGGUUGUUCCCUCAAAAUAAUAUCCGCAGCAUAUCCCACGAGCGCAAAAAAAAAAAGAAGAAGAAGAAGAAGAAAAAAAAAACUCUAAGAAGAAGAAGCGAAAUAAGAAUAAGAAGAAGGAAUAGAAGACUAAAAAUAAAAAAAAAAUAAAAUAAUAAAAAAAGAAAAGAAUUAAGAGAAGCGAAAAAAAACAAAACUAAAAAGUAAUAUCACGGUAGAGAAUAAGAUACAGCUCCAGAUUCCGACGUUACCCUCCACCCCCGUGACUCCUCCCCCUCCCCCUCGCCCCCAGACUUAUUAUACCCAGGUUCUUCUGUACGACUUGAAGGUAUAAACGCGAACGGAAGAAAAAAAAAAAAAAGGAAUUUUCAAAGAAACUGAGACGUUUGGCGACUAAAAUAGGGAAAAAAGCACAAACCGAAGCCGCGUGAAAAAGAUUCAAAAAAAGGAGAGAAAAAAUAUCAAAUCAUCCCGAUUAUGGUGAACUGCGAAAUGGACAUUAAACGUGCGAACUAUCGUCAAUUCGAUACGCGAGUGUGGUUGAACAGAAAAUAAUGAAAACGGGUUGAAAUCGUAACACUACUACUGCUACUACAGCUACUACAGCUACUACUACUACUACUACUACUACUGCUAUUACUACUACUACUAUUACUCCUACUACUACCACCACUACUACUACUACUAAUAACCAUAAUAAUAACAAUAACAAUAGUAAUAAUAACAACAAAUCGUACGACUGUGCGAUGUCCCUAUUAUCGUCGUAUAUCAAAUAAGACCCUUCGUACGGUUCAAUAUAUUGAAGUAUUUUGAAUUUCAAAUUUGACAGAAUGACGUCCCACCUUAAGAUUACCAUAGAACGUUAUUCUCGUUGUGCAGUGAUGGAAAAAAUACAUCCCAUGCUUUAAUACAUCUCAAUCGGGUCACGUGAUCACCCUUGUAAAAGAAUUAUUGAUAUACAUCCGCGGACGUGUAUUAGGGCACACGAAUAAUCUGACUGACGGCGGAAAAAUAUAUUCAAGAACAAUAGCAAAAAGUUGUAACCAAAGAGCGAUAAAAACAAGUGGACAUAAAGUAACGCAACGGUGGCGGUUCCGGAGUAAAAGAUAAACCGAGUGAUCGAGAUGUGAAAAAGCUACGAGUGACGAUUCGACUAAUUUAUGUAAAUAGUUGUAUAUACGAUUAAGCUAUACAUAUAUACACAAAUUAAUGGUUAAUUAUAGGAAAGAUAUAUAUAAAUAGAUUUUGGUAAUGGCAACACAUAGUUACUCAAAUCGUUGAACAAACGAUUGACAACUAUAUAAUAUAUAUACGUAGAUAUAUGCCAUACAUAGAUAGACAUCUAUACGUUAUAUAUAUAUAACAUGACAAUUAAAUCGAUCCGAUAAUUGGCCUUAGUUAGCAAACAAUUACUCGGAUUAUUGGUAUUUUCCCGUUGCAGUUCGCUAUAUAUAUAUCGGUAUACCUAUUUCACUUUCCAUCUACAUAUACUGAACACAUUAUUAAGUAUAUUAAAUAAUUAAUCAAUUAUUGGUACAACCUGUAUUAUAUUUUGUACAUCGGUAUAAAUAAUAAUUCACGUCAGUAAUUAAGAAUAGAAAAAAAAAAAAAAAUUAAUAAUUCCAAAUAAAAUACAAUAAUAGUUUCCGAACAACCGAAGAUUACUAACGAUAUAGUAUACAAUAUUACAUUCAACUAAUCCUGUACAUAAAUCAACGUAUGUACAGAUCUAUCCAUGUAUUUGAAUGAACGAAGAAAAGGUGUAUUCAAUUUCCCCGUAGACACAAUACUAAUUGGUAGAGUCGUUAGAGAUAAAAUUGUUUUUAGAAGUCGUCGUGAACUCUUUGAAAAUUGAACAUAUGAUAACGAUAUUAUUAUUAAUAAUAAUAAAAAAAUAAUAAAAAAAUUUACAACCAAUCGAAGGUUACAAAAAAAUACUCUAUAUUUGAAAGAAAUAAAGCGCAGGUCGGAACAGUACGGGUAUCCAAUCAAGGCUUUAGACAAUUUUUCCCACCCGCCUGGUCUAGCUGGGCUCAUUAGCGAGAGGCGUUGUACGAGACGUGUAUACGUGUAUAUGAUGAUUUAAUUGAUCUACCUACUAAAAUUAGUUGAGAGUUAAAAUUUAAAACUUUCGGGAGUUUCUGUAUUACGGUAGCUCUACACCUGCAGAGCGAUAAGGAGAGAAAGAGGAAAAGAGUGGGUGGAAAAUGGACGUCAACGCCGCGUAGGUUACAUUAAAUUAGACGUUAUAUUAAAGAGAAGUUAGAGUAGAGAUCGGAUUAAAUUCAAGUCAAAGUUAAUGCGUAAUAAACCCUUGUAUACACAUACCUUAUACCCUUAUUUAAUAUUAUAACUGUGUGUCUUAAAGUACUUAAUCUAUACAUAUAACAUAUAUAUAUACAUAUAUAUAUAUAUAUAUAUUACGAUAUACCUUAUAUAUACACAAUUACGUGUUAAAAACAUAAAAGAAAAACAUCAAAAAUAUUAUUAUUAUUACUAUUAUUAUAGUUAGGCUAGAGAACCGGGACCAAUUUUUCACUUUCUGUCCAAUAAAACUAUUAUUAUAUUACCUAUCUGAUACUGCUUAGAGAGAAAGAGGCAAAAGAGAAAAAAAAAAAACGAAAAAAGAAAGAACAGGAAACAAGAAGAAGGUAUUCGCGUAUGCUGCAAAUUGAUAAAACGUACAGCAACAAGAAAAAAAGAAGAAAAAAGAAGAAAAGAAAAUACGAGAGACGGAGAAAGGAAAGAACAAACUUUCGUUAAUUGUAUAUCGUAUUAGAUUUUGUUUUUUUUUCAUUCUCUGCGACAUUACGACUAUAGAAUAGUCCGAUAUCGAUGUUAAAAUUAUAACGAAGACAAUUCGAGUAAUAAUAGUAUAAAUUAUUGUAUAGUCAAAAACCGAACGAUGACACAUGAGCAAUAAAUAAUUCUAUAUACAUAUAUACAUACCUAUUAUAACUAUGUACAGUGAAAAAAGAAUAAAUAUUAUCUAAACAGCAUUGGAAAUUAUAAGAACUAAACAAGAGGAAAGAGGGAAAAUAAAAUAAUAUAGAAAAACCGAAAAAAGUACGAUGAUAUAUAAUCAGAGAGAAAUAAAGUAAUGCAAACCGACACAACAGAGCGUGAACAAACAUACAGAUUCUAAAAUUUUGGUCCAAUUCAUAAAGCCGUUUUAUUAACUGAUAAUAAUAAUAAUAAUAACAAAUAAUAACAAUAACAACAAUAAUAAUUAUAAUAAAGAUAAUAAUAGUUUUAACAACAAGAGUAAAAUAAUAAAUCUAUACACAUGCAACAGCGUAUAUAAUACCAUUGUGCAGCGAAGCCCAGGAAUUUUAUUUAAAUUAAACGACAAAAAAGUAAGGGAUAUCGAAACAGAAAUGAUAAAGGGUUGGUAAAUACCAUGUGCCCUUGUGCAACGUGCGAAUGGAAUCUAGAUAAAGAUUGAAAUAUUGAAAUAAAAGAGAAAUAUAUCGAAAAAGAAGAGCCAGAAAAAAAAAAGAGAAAUAAAAAAAAAAAAGAUCGAAACCAAUAUGUCAAGGUGAUGAGAGAAGAAAAAUAGGAAAAAGAAAUAGAAGAAAUUUUCUCGGAACAUGAGAACACCUUGCAACGAAAUCUGACGUAAUAUACCACGUAGAUAUAUAAAAAAUAAGAAAAAGAAUAAGAAGAAGAGUAUAGGUGGAAAAGGGAUCAGCUAUCCUCUCCCGAUGCACCUCAAAGACUAUUUCCCGGAUAUCGCGAGAGGUAUUUUAUUUGUAGAGUGAAAGGCGUCGACAGUGAUGCGAAGGAAUCGUCUUCCCAUAGGAGACGGGGGUGCGCGUCGCGUCGAUUAAGAUUAAUAAAACGAGGAGGAACGGAUUCUACGUCGUUCGAGUUGUCGUAGACAAAAGGGGUACGGAUAAUCGUAAAAUUCAAUUAGGAUUUCAAAGACAAAAUGUCGACCUCUCGCAACGAGGAGGAGUACAACAGCGGCAUGGGUACGGACGCCAUAAUAUCGGAGGAGAACAUGACUUGGGGUGGCGGCGGGGUAAGCGGGGGUAGCGGGGGUAGCGGAAGUAGUGCCGAUUUACUGUUCGGAUUCGAAUCGAUUCAAGACGCCGCGGGUUCGUUCAACGCUUCUUUAAACGACAGUUACGCCUGGAACGCUAGUCUGUACAACGACACCGUUUUCAUAUUCAGCGGCAUGUAUCCGUCGGGAUACAGCUUACCCCACAUAGUGCUAGCGUCCAUAGUGAUAACCUUCCUAAUGAUCGUAAUAGUGGUCGGCAAUAUGCUGGUAAUAAUAGCGAUAGCUACCGAGAAAUCGUUGAAAAACAUUCAAAAUUGGUUCAUCGCCAGCCUGGCGGUAGCCGAUUUUUUUCUCGGACUCAUUAUAAUGCCCUUCUCCCUGGCCAACGAAAUAAUGGGAUAUUGGAUAUUCGGUUACUGGUGGUGCGACAUUUACUCGGCAAUGGACGUGCUUCUGUGUACCGCGAGUAUUAUGAACUUGUGCCUAAUCAGUCUCGACCGAUUUUGGAGUAUCACGCAGGCCGUUGACUACCUCAAAAAAAGAACACCGGCCCGAGCCGCUCUCAUGAUCGCACUCGUCUGGCUACUCUCGGCUCUGGUUUGCAUACCCCCCUUACUCGGAUGGAAGAGACCGACGCCGGAAGAAGAAUUCCCAAAGUGCAAGUUAUCGGAGGACAUCGGUUACGUGCUUUACUCGGCACUCGGCAGCUUCUACAUUCCAUCCUGCAUAAUGGUGUUCGUCUACAUCCGGAUAUAUUUCGCGGCGAAAGCCAGAGCGAGAAGAGGCAUUAGAAAAAAGCCGGUGGCGAGAGCUGCGGUCCCGGAAUCACCGGAUAUAAGACAAACGAGUUUCACUCAAAGUACGCCGGCGACCGGUACGCGAAAAAUGCAAGCUUGUAAUUCGACAAUGGAAAAUGUUGCCACUAUAGAAAAUCAACCUAUUCAAAUUCCGAUAGUAACGUGUGACUUCGCCAGCGACAUAAGCACAUCGGAGGCGGAACCGGGGGGAGGGAGUAACCCCCAGCUCGAGGAAAAGGACACUCUGAAGGUGAGCGUUCCACUCCAGAUCCAAAAGACGACGUUGAAAGCGUCGUUGUCCGUUAACGGGGAGGGUACUACGACGCAGACAAUACCGUUGCGGUGCAGGGCGCCGAGCGUCGGAAUAGACGUCGACAUGGUAUCCGAAUUCGAUCCAUCGUCCUCCGACAGCGGUGUAGUGUCCCGAUGUGCGGUAGUUAAACCAUUAAAAUUGAGGCUUUGUCAGCCGAUAUUCGGACGAAAGACGACGAACAAAUUAAAGAGGGAACAAAUCGACGUAGGUAAGGUGAACAAGGAUCAGUGUCCGGUGAUAGAAAUAAAGCCUCCGAAACCACGGGAUCCCGAAAGGGAGAAGCGACGUUUGGCGAGGAAAAAAGAGAAGCGGGCCACCCUUAUCCUCGGUCUGAUUAUGGGGAGUUUCAUCGCCUGUUGGCUGCCCUUCUUCUUUCUCUACAUCGUCAAGCCCCUUUUCCCGAAUCUCCCCAUACCGGGGCAAGCACUUGUGAUCGUAUUUUGGCUAGGUUACAUGAACUCCGCGUUGAACCCCGUGAUAUACACGGUCUUCAACAAGGACUUCCGACGAGCGUUCAGACGGAUAUUGUUUAAAUAGUUGCCGAGAACGCUUAGAGGUAGAAAUUCCCUUCAAAAUGACCGGGGUAGGUAGCAGGAGGAGCGCGAUCGUCACCGCGGUCGUACCUCCCUCUGGUCAUGCGUUCGCGGAAAAGAUGAGUGAAUUAACGGUGAUAUUUCAUUCGUAGAUUGUUAAUGAUUUUCCAUUGACGAAGGCGAAUCGAACCUCGGCGUUCCGAACCCUUUAACGAAACACUGAAUAAUUAUUAUUAUACCAUACAUAUAUAUAUCUGUAUAUAUACAUUGUAUGUAUAUGAACUUAGUUAAACGAAUUGGUAUAUACAUAGUAUGUAUGCUAAUAUCAAAAUGGCGACAAUUCUAUUCGAAUAAAAUUGAAAACAAAAAAAGCGCACCAUCAUCCCGAUGAAAUCCUUUUUUCUCUGUUUUGCUCAGUUAUUUAUUAAUGUUUUUUUAGUUCUUUUUAUUCCCAAUUGUUUCGCUAUAAUUACCAGACAGGAUUCAUUCGAAACUUUUGCAUGCGAAACGAUCACCUUUUUUGUUUUUCGAUUUCAUUAACUUUCCAUUCAUUUAUUCAUUUUUCAUUUUAUUUUAUUCUACUUUUUUUCCCCGUUCAGCUCGUCGCGUUUUCUGAGUGAAAAGUUCAAAGAUCCUUCGAACGUAAUUAGGAAAUUCUUUUGAAAUGGAGGAAGAAGGGCUGUAGCGAAAAAAAAAAAUAUAUAUACAUACAUAAGUGAACGUUAACCAAUUGGAAUUUUAUUCGCACUUUGACGUUAAACGAGGCGAAUUCAAAAAAAAAAAAAAAAGGACGAAAAAUCACCUCACCAAAUGUAUUUUUAUUUUUUGGUGUUUACAAAUUUCGGUAUCCGUUUUAAAUAUAAUUUUUCGAAUGAAAUAGAUUUUUUUAUUGUUUUAUACAAUUGUGAUUCAAGAAUUUCGUAUCGCUUCUAGCAUUCGCAACAUUUCAAAGAGAUUGAUAAUGAAUAUUGAAAAUAAUAAUAACGACAACAAUUACGGUAACGAAACCAAAUUUGAGACAACGGGAAUUAGGAUGGUGAAGAAAAAAUAUUAUUAGUUAAUGAAAAAUCAAUUCCACAAAUUACAUUACAUACUAUAAUGAAAAUGUGGUUAUAAAUAAAAUGUAAAUAAAUAUAUAAUGCUAUGACGCAUAUCAGAGCGCAUCUUAUAAUUUAUUUCAAAUUUUAAAUCAAAUUUCUAUAUCUAUAUAAUAUACUAUAAAACAUAAAAUUCCUACAGAUCAAAAUGCAAUAUCAAAAAAAAAGAAAUAAAUAAAUAAAUAAAAUAAAAUAAAAAAGAAAAGCCUUAGAAUUAUCAUAACGGAGUAAUUUCUCUCAACUAUUGAACGAAGAACAAUUACAAUAAUCAUCAAAAAUAAUAAUCAUCGUAGAAAUAUUAAUUAUUGAAGGAAGAAAAAAAAAAAUUCACCAAACCAACAAAAUCAAUCACAUUUUACGAAAUACUCACGAUAAAUUUUUGUAAAAUAAUAUUAAUAAUAAUAAUAAUGAUAAUGAUAAUAAUCAAAGCAAAUAUAAAUGUUUGAAAUAUAAAAGUAUAACCUACGGAUGAAUGAACGAUGUUUACGAAUAUUAUAAUAGCUACAUUGAAUAAAUUAAACAAUCUAAGUACAGCAGAUACUCAAAGCUUAGCCUUUUUAUGACAGACCAAAAAUUGGGGGAAAAAAACCGGAGAAACUAAUCGAUGAAAAUUAAACUCUUCUCACCGCAAACUGAUGCAGCGUAGAUGAAACAUUUUGUUAGAUUUCCAAUCGAAUUAUACCAACUAUAAUUAAAUGGCAGUCACGUGUCCAAUAGCGUAGGAAAAUUGAAUGAAAAGAAAAAAAAAAAUCAAAAUACAAUCAACGAUUAAUUGGAGUAACCGAAUGCAAUAAUAUAAUCUACACGCGACUGCAGUAGCUGUAUAUUUGUAUUAUUUGAGAAAUAAAAAAGAUUCCUUUUUUUUUUCAAUGAAACAAAGCAAAAGAAAAACGAGAAUUUUCCGACAAAUAAAAAGUCACUUCAACUUUCAUCUUACAUAUAAUACGAUUCUACAAUAACCUUCGACUCCAUUAUACAUGAAAAUUACAAUUCCACAUGAUACGACAAUCUGAUCCCGUCAAAGUAAAUUUAUAUAUGUAUUUUGAGUUUCACACGUACAAAUAAUGGAUUAAUAAUAUAUGAAAUACAAAGGAAUAACUUGGAAGAAAAAUAAGAUAAAGAUUAAAGGCAGUAUCUGAUAAUCAUUGACAAAUAACACGAGCAAGAGUUUCCUACUAAAUGCAUAGGGUUUUACAAAUAUAAUACAUUAUACAUAUAUUAGAUUGAGAGAAAUAAUUGAAAAUAUAUGGCUAUCGUCGAUAUUCAUGUAACGAUCGCAUAUAUGCGUCCCAACAUUUAAUCGUUGAUGUACGUGUUACGUAAAAGAGAAAAAGAUAAAUAAAACUAAAUGAUUAUUGAAUGAAUAAAUAAAUUAAUAAUAAUAAUAAAAAUCCAUCAGACAAUUACGGGGAUGCACACCGCAUUAAUAAUCGUGAUGGUAUUACAUGGUAUGUAUUGGUAUACACAUGAAAAUGGUUUAUCGAAAAAAUUAUCAUUAUUCUUAUUAUCAUUAUUAAUAUUGCCACCGCGAUUAUAACCACUGUCAUUAUUAUUCUGAUUAUUGUCAUUUUUAAUAUUAUUCUCAUUGUAGUACUUAAAUUGCGAUCCAAACUUUUUGCGUUCGAUGCCUACGAUAGUAACUAACAAUGAGAGGAAAAUUAUACACUUCCGACAAACGUUGUCGAUUCUAAUGAAGUGAAGAUUUGAAAUUUUCAGGAAAUCUUUGGUUGUAAUUAUUACUUGGAUUUCAUGAUCCUUAGUUCUGUUUUUAUUCGUUGUAUUCUUAUCGACUUCGCAUGUCCCAUUCUCCAACACUUUACCAGAUCGUUCAACUAGUUUUCUUUGAAAAUUUUCACAUCUAUCUUUUUUCUCAUGAAUUUUGACGACCCUCACCUCAUAUCCACGUUACAGGAUUAUACUUUUGAUUAUGUAUAAAAAAACAAUAUGUAAGAACUGAUAUAGUUUAUGUAAUCCGAACCCUGAAAAUCCUAUAUACCUAAUCGACGUACGCAUAUGAAAACUGGGAAGAAAAAAAGAAUUUUUACGUCUCAAAAUUCACAACCAAAAAAUGCAGAAUUUUCAGGAUACGGAUAUAUCAAAUGUGGAAGAAAAUGAUUGUCAACGAUAAUAAUAAUAGUAAUAAUAAUAAUGAUGAUGAUGGCGAUGACGACGACGAUGAAUGGGGAUGAUUAUGUUGAUGCGAUGAUGAUGAUGAUGAUAAUAAUAGUAAUAAUAAUCUAUUGAUAAUAUUGGAGCAAUGAAAUCACUGUGAUAUCACUAAAACGCUUUCAAGGUGUGUUGGGGUUGACAAAAGCAACAUGACCGGUAAAAAAAAAUAUAAGAGUAAACCGAAAAUAAAGAGAAAAAAACAAAAAAAAAUAUAUAUAUAAACGAAAGAAAAACUGCAGACAAAAAAAAAAAAAGAAAAGAUUAUUAGUUCGUCAUAUUAUAAUUGAAUGAAAUGAAAUAUACGAGUGGAAACCAAAAAAAAAAAAAAAUCAUCCAACAAAAACGAAAAAAAAAAAAUAAAAGAAAAAGAAAACGAUAACUUUAAAGAAAACUUAUUAAUUGUUAUAUACUUAUCCCACGUAUGUAUACAUAUAUUAUACCUAUACAUUUGUAGGUUUGUCUGUUAUAAAAAUUCUGUGAAUAUUUCUAUAUGGGGUAGUGAAAGAUGGGGCAAAAAUUGUUUAGAAAAUAGAUUUGUAAAUUCGAAAUUCCUUAUAUAUCCUUCCCGAUUCUCAGUUGAAAUUUUCGUGAUGAGAAAAAAACUAAGAAAUAUCAUCGUAGUUAAAGAUGUGCGGGGAGAAAAAGUUGUGGAAUAAAUAAAAAUCAUC